AAAAUUUAAGAUUCAUAACUCGAUUCGAAAAUGUUACGGGAAACUCUGGAAAUAAUAAUUGGUUCAUAUCGAGUUUACUUUAUAAAAAGGGCAGGUUCUUCGAUUUGACGGAUAUGUUGCAGACAUGCUUUUUGGUGUUAUGUUUGUGAUUUGUUUGGUUUUUAAUUAUGCUCAGGCAGACAGUUUUCCUUCUCUUCUUGCUACGAAUGCUACCUUGGCCGUCGUACUAGAUCGAGAAUAUCUUGCUGAGGAAUAUGAAAACGUACGACUAAAAAUUGAAGAGUACCUUGUUUACGCGAAGCGAGAGAUUUUACGACAUGGAGGAGUGAACGUAAUCUACUAUAGUUGGACGGCAAUUAAUACAAAGCGAGAUAUUACAGCUAUACUGAGUAUAGCUUCUUGUUACGAUACAUGGAGGUUAUUUCACAACGCCCGCAGCGAAAAUGUAUUCCACAUGGCGAUUUCGGAGGCCGACUGUCCACGAUUACCUUCCGACGAGGCCAUCACCGUUCCGAUAUUAGAAGCCGGACAAGAAACUCCUCAGCUAUUGUUGGAUCUACGCACUUCGAAUAUUUACAAAUGGAAGGAGAUCGUACUAAUCUACGACAACACCAUAAACAGCGAUUUACUAACUAGAGUAAUCAAAUCGUUGACUAAACCGGCUAAUAAAAUGUCAGCUUCAGGGAUAUCUCUAAUGGAAUUGAUUGAUUUUGCGACUAUGGACGAAAUACGCCUAAAUAUUAAGUAUAAAUUGUCGACAAUCAGUUCCACACGGGUCGGUGGUAAUUUCUUAGUAAUAGUUUCGUACAAACUGGUCGACUUAAUAAUGGAGUACGCUAAGCAACUAAACUUGGUGGACAUUAAGAACCAGUGGUUGUACGUUAUAUCUGACACCAACAGCAAAAUCAGCAAUAUGAAAAAAUUCAAAAGACUGCUGAAAGAAGGCGACAAUGUCGGCUUUGUUUUUAAUUCGUCGGUAUCCAGUCACAUGUGUGAAGGAGGAAUGGUGUGUCACGUCGAACAAAUUCUUGGCGAUUUCAUAUUGGCAUUGGAUGAUGCAAUCGUUGAUGAAUUCGAAAUGGCCGCUCAAGUUUCGGAAGAAGAAUGGGAAGCCAUACGACCUACAAAACUGGAGAGGAGCAACUUUCUGCUUCAGAAAGUCAAGAAAUAUCUUGUCGAUCUCGGGGCCUGCGAUAAUUGCACAAAGUGGACUUUACAGACAUCAGAAACCUGGGGAAGGGAGUAUCAGACCCAAGACUACCAGUCAGAUUCUAUCGCAGAAAUAUUACCUGUGGGAACUUGGAGACCUAGUGACGGUCCCUCGAUGAAGGACGAGUUAUUCCCUCACAUCGCCCAUGGCUUUAGAGGCAAAAACUUACCCUUUGUAUCAUUUCACAAUCCGCCUUGGCAAAUACUAAAAACGAACCAAACCGGAGACGUGGUCGAAUAUGGAGGUCUAGUGUUUGAUAUAAUCAAGGAACUAGCGAAAAAUUUGAACUUCACUUACACGGUAGAGAUCGUAAAGACGACUAACAUCAACUCAAACUUAUCAAAGUUUACCAAUGAAACCGCGACAUCAGCCGAGACGUCAAGCAUAACCACUUUCAACAUUCCCCGUGGUAUCUUGGAGAAAGUGCACAACAAAACGGUGGCGCUUGGCGCAUGCGCUUUUACCAUUACAGAAGAUAAUAAGAAGUUAAUAAAUUUCACUGUGCCUAUAAGUAUUCAGCUCUACACUUUUUUGGUAGCCAGGCCGAAGGAGCUGACUCGAGCGUUAUUGUUCACUUCGCCGUUUAAGGGUGACACCUGGUUAUGUCUUGCGGCAACAAUUAUUUCCAUGGGACCGAUACUGUUUUAUAUAAACAAGAUGAGCCCCGUAUACGAAUACAAAGGUGCGAAGAUUAAGGGUGGUCUCUCGACAGUACAGAACUGCAUUUGGUAUAUGUAUGGCGCUCUUCUGCAACAAGGUGGUAUGCAUCUUCCUUACGCCGACAGCGCGAGAAUCCUAGUGGGAUCGUGGUGGUUGGUAGUUCUAAUUAUAGCAACCACAUACUCCGGGAAUUUAGUAGCUUUUCUCACAUUUCCGCGAAUUGACACCCCAAUCACCACCCUUGAAGAGCUAAUUCGUUACCGAGAAACGGUUACCUGGAGUAUAGCAAAAAACUCGUUUUUGGACGACCAGCUGAAGACCAGCACCGACGAAACCUACAAACUCCUCUACGAUGAACAAAUAGAAAUUGAUGAUCAAAAGCUGUUGCUAGAUAAGAUCAAGUCAGGGAAGCACGUUUACAUAGAUUGGAAAAUUAAGCUGCAGUAUUAUAUGAAACAAGAGUUUUUAAUUAGUGAUACCUGCCUCCUUACUUUGGGAUCAGAUGAAUUUCUAGAUGAAAAAAUUGCUCUAAUUGUGGCACCUGACACUCCUUAUUUGAGUAGGAUAAAUGAGGAGAUAACUAAGUUGCAUCAGGUGGGACUGAUUCAAAAAUGGCUCGAGGACUACUUGCCCAAAAGGGACAAGUGCUGGAAGAGAAAAAGCUCGGUGGAAGUUAACAAUCACACUGUCAAUAUGGACGACAUGCAAGGCAGUUUUUUCGUACUAGCCCUUGGGUUCUUCAUAGCAUGUUUGAUCAUCGCAUCGGAGAAAUUGUGGUUCAAACAAGUAACAAAACAAAGGGAAAAUGUACACGAAUUUAUUUCAUGAAUAAUCCCAUCCCAUCAGGUUAUAUAGUCAUAUUAAUGUAUCAAGU